UCACAGCCCCAUAAGUUCGAAUAUUCAAUACCUCCUCUUCCAAAAUAUCCACGUUUCUUUUCCCACACACUAUCUUAAAUCUUAAAAACAUUUUUUUUUUCAAAGCAAUUAGAAUUUAGACCACAAAAGGAACACCGAAGAGAUGUACGGACAGAGUAGUAGUAGCAGUAGUUCUUACGAAUCGGAUUUGGCGCUGUUGGAUUCGAUUCGGCACCACUUGCUGGGCGAGUCCGAAUCCAUAUUCGGCGCCCCGAAUUUCGGGUCGGGUCGGAGCUCCAGUUUCAGCAGCUUGGACUCGUGUUUGAGCGACAAUUGGGGCGAGCUUCCGUUUAAGGAGGACGAUACAGAAGACAUGGUGUUGUACGGCGUUCUCCGUGACGCCGUUAACGUCGGGUGGGUCCCAUCUCUCGAUGCCGGGUCGCCCGAGAGCGUGUCGUCGGGUUUUCCGGCGGUGAAGCUGGAGCCGGACUUGAUGCCGGCGCUGAUAAGUCCGUGUCCGCCUCCGGCGGCUGCGGCGGAGGAGAAGAAGGUUGUUCCGGCGAAGGGGAAGCACUACCGCGGCGUGCGGCAGCGGCCGUGGGGGAAGUUCGCGGCGGAGAUCCGCGACCCGGCGAAGAACGGAGCAAGGGUUUGGCUGGGGACGUUUGAGACGGCGGAGGACGCGGCGUUGGCGUACGACCGCGCCGCCUACCGGAUGAGGGGGUCGAGGGCGUUGCUGAAUUUUCCGUUGAGGGUUAACUCCGGCGAGCCCGAUCCGGUGAGGGUGAAGUCGAAGCGGUCGUCGUCGCCAGAGAGUGCGGCGGCGCUGCCGGCGAAGAGAAAGAAAGUUGUGGUGGUGGGGACGGUGCAAGAGCAAGUGGGGAGUCAAGUGGCAGAGUGUACACGUGGCGAGCAGUUAUUGGUUAGCUGAGGUGGAUUCUAAAACUGGUGUUGUGUUUAUUAAAUACAAUAAAUACAAUACACUUUUGUAAUUAUGUGAUGUGCGUGUGUGUGUAAAGCACUUAGCUAUAUUAUAGCCAUCAUCCAACUCAAUUUUGGAACAAAGAAAAAAAGGUGAAGGAUGAGGAUAGAUGAUUUUAGCACAUCAAAUGGUGAGUGGUGUGACCCCACGGGAAGAAAAAAAAAAAAGAGGGGGAGAAAAAAAUUCAAAGAAGUUAUGGAAUUUGGAAGAUGAUGAGGAAUGACGGGGGUGAGGAACUGAGGAUAUGUAAUUUGGCUUUGUGAAUACUACCAAAUUUGUUAUUUGUUUGUUCAACAUUAUGAACUAUGAAUGGGUUAAUUGUUAAUUGCUUGA